CAUAAGGUCAGUCACUCAGUCACACUGAGGGGCCCGCGAACUAACAGAAUAACAUUGCCGCGCAGCCAGGUUCAGGUCCACGUGAACAUAUUUUGAGCAAUGUGAUUCAUAAACUUAUCAGAUAAACCGAGCGUGAAUUGAAUUAUAGUGGCGUUCGAAUACUAUAAUCUGUGAAUUUGAAUGAAAGUGACAGUGAGACAUAGCUGGAAAUCGUUGCCGACGCUUUUUAAACCAAUAACGUAGAUUAAGGGACCUGUGCUUGUGUUGGUGCUGCGGACGCAGCGCUCAACAUGUGAGGUUAAAGCAGACAGACAAACAGACGGCGGCAACAAGCUAUAAAAAACAACAAUUUAUACACCGUAGACAUAGGAUUAGGAUUCAAGAUCAACUGUGAAUAGGUGCCGUGCGCAGGCUGAAAUAUCCCAAAGGAAUCCCCUUGACACGAAAUGGACUCCCGAUUGCUGAAUGUUUUUCAUGAGGAUCCCUUCGACGGAAACUUUGCAAAAUAUGAGACCGAGCCGAGCUUCUGGUCUCCCAACGACGACCUGCAGCUGACGGAUACACUGAACGGAAUACUGCCCAUUGCGCCCACAGACGCCCAUUCCCUGCUGGGCCACGACGGCGUCGAGGAUGUGGAGUUGCAGAGCAGCAAGAACCUGCUGAUCUACAGCGAUUUCGUGGAGCAGCAGCUGAACGACCAGGAGGCUAACGCACUCAAUGCCCAGGUCUAUCAGGCCUUCGCCGACAGCGAGGUCGAAGUGGCCUACGAGCAGCACGAGCGUCAUUUGAGCGCCGUAGGCCAAUAUGGUGAUCUAGCCGUUGCAGGUCUUGGAGGAAGUCACAUAGAGGAGGAUGAGGAGGAAGGGGAGGAUGUGCAGAGUCAAUGCAGCAACUCUACGUUCCGCACGCGCACAGAUAGCUCCUCAAUUGGCGACUACGAGUCGCACUCGAGCGACUACGACGACGAUGACGAGGAACCAGUACCGGAACCGGAACUGGAACAAGAACGGAAACACAAUACGAGUCUGCUCAGAGGCAAUGUCGAUGCAUUGAAUGAGUGCAGCGAUCGCAAGAGUCGAACGCUGAGCACCAACACCAUAGUCUCGGAGGCGGAUGCCUUGGGGCUGAACAUUGACGUUAAUAACUUUGAUCUGGCUGAUUUUAUCACUAAAGACGACUUUUCGGAGAACUUAAGCGCGUGCCGCUUGGCAGAGUCGAAGCGGAUCCAAGAAACAGCUCCACUUACUCACUCCAAAGUGUCAUUAGAGCCACUAUCAACUCCAUCAGCUAGUGCUGGUGCUGCCACUGCUUCUGUUGUGCAAAAAUCUACAGCUGUACCCACGAAGCUGCGCGACUCUGACGACGACUCAGACUCGAUCAUCGAUGUGGAAACUGUCGAUGUGGUGGACGUGGAUGAGACCUUGUGGGUCAAGGGCCAGCUGGCGCAAGCGGAGGCAGCUUCUCCCGAGGAUCUGUGCUAUGUGGACAAUGUGAAGGCCGAUCCAUCCUGGUCUCCGAAAGGGUCUGCGAAGAAGCAACUGUCUCUUGCUAAAGAGCCCAAGCUGGCGCCGAUGGAAAACCUGGAAAUCCAGGCUCGUGGAGCCACCGGCUCAGCCAAGCCGAAGGCCACAAACAACAUUUGCCUGGUGCCCAACAAGAAGCAGUGCGACUUCCUCAAGCGAAAGGUGGCGGGAGGUGCCGCGUCCAAGUCGAAUAAAGCGGCCUCGAAGAAAACUCAAGAGGGUAAGAAAUCUGCAAUCGGCAGCAAGCAGCAGCGGCCUUCCGCCAGCACUGGCUUGGGCCUGGGAGGGAAGAAUCUGGCUCUUCUCAAGCAUGCUCGGGAAGCGGCAGCAGCAAGCGUGCCGCCAUUACCAGCAACGGCAACAGCAACACCAACAGCAACACCAACAGCAACACCAACAGCAACACCAACAGCAACAGCAACACCAACAGCAACAGCAACAGCAACACCAACAGCAACAGCAACAGGUACUGUGGCAUCGACACAGGCGCCCAAACGAAAACUUAAUCUGGAGGAGUACAAGCAGCGUCGCGGUGCCGGCGGCACUGCCGUCGCCAAGACCGGCACGAAGGUCAAGCCCUCGCCUCCCAAACAGCCCAAGUUGGAGCAACAAAGGCAGCCUCCAACUGGCGCAGUGGGUGCUCUGGGCGCGCUGAAACCAAUGCCAGUUACAACGCCUUCGAACCAGCAACAACAGAAGACCGUGGCUAUAGCCCAGAUCGUCAACAGUCUCAAGUGCCCACCCAUUAAAGGGGGGCCAACAGCAGCAGCCCUGCCUAUGGAUCCCAUUACUGUGGCCAAGAACAAGGUGCUGCGCAUGCUGGAGAUGAAGCGGGCCCAGCAACUGAAGAUCAUCGAUUCGCGCGUGUCGGCAAAGGUGCCGCGCGUAACGAAGCUGCCGCCGCUCAAAGACAUUGUGAAGGACACGUACCGCGUCGAAUUGGAGGAGGACAACAACAGCGAGGCUCCAGCAGCAACAGCAACAGCGACGACGGCCAGAAUGAACACACUCCGCCCCGACUUGGACGCACUGAUUAUUGUUUCGGCCAGCUGUAACACGGACAUAACGAUACCACCGAACCAGCUGAGCAAGGCCUCGCCUCGCUCGCUACUUAAGUCCUCGGUCCUCCUGUACAACAUGUCCAACGGCAAGGACGCGAAGAAGAACAUGAGCAACUCCCUCAUAGCCAGCAUACAGAGCGAGGUGGUGCGACAGACCAGCAGCACGGCCAUGGCCACGUUGCUGCCGAAGAGCAAUGCUGGCGGGGGCAAGGGAGCCAAGCACCCGAGUGGGACUGAGACGAACGUGCCGCAUGGCGAGGAUAUGGUGAUCAUGCACUUGCCGAAGAACCGCGAGCGCAAAACUCUUGUCAACAUUUCUACCCAAACGGAUCUGCAACCCGAAUUUCCCCUCCUGGUGCUGCCCGCCACCACGCGGCAGUCACGCGAGCGCUCUAGGCGCAAAUACCGCAAACGGCGAGUCCCAGGCUCGGAUGAAUCUAGUUCCUCGAGAGGUUCCUCUUCGGAUAGCAGCAGCCUGGCUUCGUACAGAUCCCGGUCACGUUCCCGCUCCCGCUCCCACUCAAUAGAGCGGCUGCGUAGCUUGGAUGCAACGGCCACGUGCGGAGGCAGCAGUAUUGGCAACGGGGGCUAUUCCUCGCGCAGCACCCACCGCCACCGCAGCUCGGUUAGUUCCUCAUCGUACUCGGAGGCGGGCAAAUAUGAGCGCCGACAGCGUCGCACCAGCUACAACAAGCGACGCUCGAAAAACCAGCAGCCAAACCGGGCCGGCUACUCCAGCUCGGGCUCCGAAAUCAGCGAUCGGGAGCGUAGUCGUAGUCGCAGUCCGCAGCGCCCCUUGCGCCGUUCUCGUUCGCGCUCACAAUCUGAGGCGCGCUUCGAAAACAACAACAACAAUAGACGUGGAUUUGUGGAUCGGAACGUAUCACAGCCGGCGGUGGAGGAGCGCCGCAUUGUGUAUGUGGGUCGCAUUGAGCAGGAGACCACCAAAGAGCUGCUGCGCCGAAAGUUUCUGGCCUAUGGCAACAUUAAGCAGAUAACAAUACACUACAAGGAGAACGGCAUGAAGUACGGCUUUGUGACGUAUGAGCGAGCGCAGGACGCAUUCACGGCCAUCGACACAAGCCCAAAGGAUCCACAGAUCAAUAUGUAUGAUAUUAGCUUCGGCGGAAGACGCGCCUUCUGCCGUGCCUCGUAUGCCGAUUUAGACAAUGCUGGCAUCAACAACUACCACUCAUAUGUGUUUCCCAAGGAAGCACCGGCCCCAAAGCCGCAGGAGGACUCCUUUGAAGCUUUGUUGCUGAAGGUAAAGGCAAAGCUGAAUGCUUGCAAGCCAGAAACACCAGCAACUGGACCCGCAACUGCACCAGCAGCUGCACCGGCGCCAGAUCACAGUCAGAUUUGACAUCUUUGCUCCAACAGACAGUUUUUCGUAUUUUUACUUUACUUUUUACGUUUGUUUAGCCUGGAAGGUGAGCAUCCCUUCCUAUCCUUACCUAUCUAUAUGCCACACGGCAUGGCAUGUGUCCGUAGACCAAUCCCCAAAGUUUCCAACUCUGACCUGAACGCCUGAUUAUAAUUUCUAAUCAUUUCGAUAUCUACACUAGUUGACAGCAGAGCUAUGCGUUGCAAGCAACGAGACUAUUACACUAUACAUAUAUGCUAGGAUAAUUCUGGAGGGCGAGAGUGGAAACUACUACAACUACAAAUGAGACAAGAAAUUUGAACGAAAAUGGAAUUGUGAUAGCCGCACGUAAGGUGCACACAAAGUCAUUUAUUGCGGAUAAGUUAGCAAGAAAUCCAGAGAAGAAACAGACUCCACAGACUCAGAACAGCCUUGUAACAAUCCAUCAUCUAUCCACCCCCAUACAACCAUACACCCCUGAAACUGAACUAAAGUAUAAACGUCUGAACGAGCGAGAGGUGACACCAGGUCGCAGAAAUAGCGAGAGGAACACGCUACACAGCCGUUCGCUGAAUAGAAUAUAAUAUAUGUACAGCGAUCAUGCAUAUAUCUAUAGUUGAGAGAGCAAGGAGCGCGCAUGCUACAUGCGUCGGCCACGAAUUAAACUGUUGAUAACUAAACUUUGAUAUUAGUUUGUAAAGAGAAUAUUUUGUAUGUACGUUUAAUUUACUCGAUGUCCUUUGAAUAACCACAAACAACCACACAAUACAGAACACACAAACACCGCCAAACGUAAACUCUGCAAGCACACAAUCCACAGAAGCAAGACCGAAAUUAAAACGUAAAUCGUUUAAGCAAACAAAUCUAAUCCAAGGAAGGAAAUUAUUUCAUUUUUCAUAACGAAAUUACAAAACCAUGAAACCCAAACUGUGGCACACAUACAGUGUAGCCCAAGAGACAAAAAUCGUAAUGGUACGAGUAAUUAAUUAGCCACCACAAAUUGUUCUUUAAGUUCUUUUGUACAAUUAUCCUUUUUAUAGAUUAAUAAAUGCUUGUUAGAUCCAGCAAAAUGAAUUGAAA